UGGAACAUUCAAGCUCCUGCACUGCACUGGGCUAACAUCUCCAUCAUCAUCAUCGGAGUGGGCUGAGAGGAUGAAGAUGCUUCCUCUGAGCGUCAUAUCCUUCCUUCUUCUACAGCUGUCUGCUGUGCUGCAUGGUGCUAAAUGGACAUACAAUGGGCUGAAUGGAGAGCACCACUGGUCUAGGAACUAUCCAUACUGUGGUGGAGCUUUUCAGUCUCCAAUAGACAUCAAGUCAGAGCUGCUCAUGUUCGACCCAACCCUGCGACCAAUUGAAGUUCAGAACUACAUUCUUUCGCACAGCGAGCUGCUCACACUAGGAAACAAUGGACAUUCUGUGCAGAUCUCUCUGCCUUCUAAGAUGCACAUCUCCAGCCUCCCUCAUCGCUACACCGCAGCUCAGCUCCACUUCCACUGGGGCUCCUCCAGCAGACCUGCUGGCUCAGAGCAUACGGUCAACGGUAAACAGUACGCAACAGAGAUGCACGUGGUUCACUUUAAUUCAGACAAAUACCCCAACAUUUCCAUGGCUGUGGACAAAUCUGACGGCCUGGCAGUUCUGGGCGUCCUGAUCGAGAUCGGAGAAUUCAAUCCUGCCUUUGAAGAGUUUCUUAGAUUCAUCAAUGGGAUUAAAUACAGAGAUCAAAAACUACAAGUGCCCGGCUUCAAUGUCCGAGCACUUCUUCCUGCACAUCUGGACGAGUAUUAUCGUUACGACGGGUCACUGACCACUCCACCGUGCUACCCCAGUGUACUGUGGACCAUCUUCCGAAACCCCGUGACAAUCUCUCGCAAACAGUUUUUGGCUAUGGCUACAACCCUGUACUCCUCCCAUGCCCAGGACUCAGCCCCCGAACCACUGAAUGGCAACUACAGGAAACCGCAGCUCCCUGACAGUCGUAUCGUCCUGACAUCAUUUAAAGGAGGCAGAGGGAUGCAAGGCACCCCUACAGUCUCAUCACCACUCACAAGGAAGCGAAUCCUUCAGCAGCUGCUGGUCGGCGACCUCGCAGACUUGGCUGAUGAAGGCCUCCAUCAGCUCUUACCGAGUGGCCCAGAGAAGCACCACACUGGCACAAAGAAAAGCCACAAGUACCAGCAGGGUGAGACUCUACCCAAGUCUAAACACCAGAUGAUGAAGCAAUCCCUGAAGAAAAAAAGCCAGACCAACCACUAUGUGGGAAACCAAGGUCUGGCUGAAGAUGCCCUCUGCUACGUCUCGCUGGAGCAGAGAAUUGUCCGGCAGCUCAAACAGUCUCACACAGAGACUCAGCUGGUUCACACUCUCAGAGACUCAGUGUUUCCCCAGCUCAACCUCAAGAGCUACCUGGACUGUAAAUCAGACUUAGCCCUGUCGACAAUCAGGAGCAUCCUGAAUGCACGGCCAACGGACGAGGCCUUUGAAUUAGACCGCUCUCUGACAAAAGCCUUGAUGAAUCAGAAGAAGACUCACACGGUAAUCAAGGAAAACGUUCCUCUGACUAAGUAUGGUAGUCUCUCUCCGGCUUCUGUUCCCAGGAAACCACACAGCAAGGCCUCUCCACAUCCUUGGCUUUUGCCAAUGGAAUGGGAAGACUAAAGAGAUUCCCAGCAUAGCUCAGACUUACGUUUUGUCACUUUCUAAAAGCAGACGUCAGUAGUACGGCCAAGACUCAUUUGGAAGACACACCCUGCAUUUGUUUGACCAACCAAAGCUUUUUGAAAUUAUAUUUAAUAUUUUAAGUAUUCUUCCAGUAGACAGACAUAAUGAUUGGUUUUAUACCAGAAAAUGACCCUGGUAUGAUUUCAUUUACGAUGGGUUCUUCUGGUUCCUUGUAUAUAUACUUAUUCCAUUUCAGUCAGUCGGCAGGAACUGAUCUCUGCUGAAGCAGGUUCUUUAACAUUUGGCCAUGGAAACUGCAGGACGGGAGAAUUGGCUGCACGAAAUGGCUGUCUGGUGCUGAACAUCCAUCAAAUUUAUACCAGCACAUUCCUGCAAUCUGGUAACUGUGGUGAAACCUCAAAAUAUCCAUCUUUUACAAGGUAGAAAUGCAUCAAACCCAAGCGAAAUGCUCUACAUACCACUGACAAUGUGUCAGUACAGAUGUUCACAAUAGCUUCUUUUCAGAUACUACUCUCAAUAAAAGCAUUAU